AUGGGGAGAAAUCGUAUACAAAAAUAUAAAUUAAGAGAAGAGAAUUUAGAAGGAAAUGGAAAUACAUUCCAUAAUACUUUAAAAGGUUCUUCUACAGAUAAGACUUUACUUAAUAAAAGGUUGACUCAAACUAACUUAUUUAAAUUUAAUGGAAAAUAUGAAAAUAGAAUAAUACAUGAUGAUAGUACAACAAAUAGUUAUACACCAAAUAAUGCUAUAGAAAAGAAUAACAACGGGAAUUGUAAUCGAUCGAAUAAUAACACACAAAAUUACAUUAAAUUACUUCAAAGUAAUGUAAAUUUUAAUAAAAUAAAAACACCCCAAGAAAAUACAAUUAUUAAUCUCAAUAAAAUUAAUCAAUUACAUAAUAAGAAUCAAAUAUGUUCGAAUAGAAUAAAUAAUUUAUGUAAUUACGAUGAACAAUUAUGUAACAUAUUAAAUAAUAAUGAAAAAGAUAAAAAAAAAUUACAUGGAAACAAUAAUAUAAUUACACAUAACCAUCAAAAUAAUAUUACUUCAACAUUAUAUAAUUAUGACAAUAGUUGUAUAGAAAAUAAUCAAUCUGAUUAUAUAAAUAAAUUGAGUAUCAAAAAUAAAGUAAAUACUAGUAAUACAUUUUAUAAUAUAGAUCAAUUCGGUUUACUGAAUAAAAAAAAAAAAAUAAAAUCUCUUGAAAACCUUAAAAGUUAUAUAUCUAAUGAUGGUGAGUCUUUCAAUAAUUCCUUCACAAUUAAACCUUUUAAUUCAUAUAACAAAUCAACCAUGAAAGUAAAAAAUAUUUUAAGUAACGAAAAAACAAUCUUAUGUAGAAAGAAUUGUAAAAAUUUUAUUCUGAAUAAAAGAAUAAACUUGGAACAUUAUAAUUCAAAAAAAGGAAAUAGCAAUAAUAAUGAUAUGAAUGAAAGUGAUGUAGUUAAAAAUUAUAAGCAAGACUAUGGUAAUAAUAAUAAUAAUAGUAAUAAUUAUUAUUAUUAUAGUGAUAAUUAUAUUAAUGAUGAUGAUAAUAAUAAUUAUUAUAAUAAUUAUUAUUAUGAUGAUGAUGAUGGAGAUAUAAAAAAAGGGGAACAUAUUUAUUUUUAUAAUAAAUAUAUUAUGUCUGACAAUAAACCUAUAUACAACAAUAUCAAUUAUUUUAAUAAAAACGAAAGGAAUGAAAUCUCCAAUGGAAGGUUUAGUUAUGAUAUCUUUAAUCCACAUAAAAAUAAUAAAGACAAAAUAUGUAUGCAGAGAUUUUAUUACAGUAAUGAUUAUUUGAGACCAGUCAUAUGUGAAUAUAAAUCUUUUAAUAAACAUAUAUAUAAUUCAAAAAUAUGUUUACAAAGAGAAGAAACACAUAUACCUAUUUCAAAAGAGUGUGCUGAUAAAUAUGGAGAUAAUAAUAAUAAUUAUUAUUAUUAUGAUAAUAAAAAUAAUCAAAAUAAUUAUAAAAGUAAUCAAUAUGUUAAUGAACACAAUGGUAAUCAUGGUAACAAUGAAAACGAUAAUAAUGAUAAUAAUAAUAAUAAUAAGAAUGAUAAUAAUAAUAAUGAUACUACUAAUAAUAAUAAUAAUAAUGAUAAUAAUGAUAACAACAACAACAACAACAACAACAAUAAUAAUAAUAAUAAUAAUAAUAAUAAUAGUGGUGAUGAUAGUAGUGAUGACAAUAAUAAUGAAGAAUCAAUGAAAAAAAGGAGAAAAGAAAAAAACAAAAAAAAGAAAAAAUUUAAUAAAAAUAUAUCAGGUAAAAGAAAAAAUAAUUACUCAUAUGAAAAAUUUAUACAUAAAAAGAUUUAUUCCUCAAAUGACGUAUAUUUAACAGAAGAAUAUGAAGAAGAUAAAAGUAAAAUAAUAAAUGAAAAAGAAAAAACUAUAAAUUCAAUUGCAUAUAUAAGUGACAAUUCAUCUAUAUCAUCUAAUAAUAAAUUAAAAAAUAAUAAUAAUAUAAAUAAUAAUAAUAUAAAUAAUAAUAUAAAUAAUAAUAAUAAUAUUAAUUGCUAUAAUAAAACGAACUACAAAAAAAAAUCAGUUCCAAUAAAAUCUCGUAGUAGUAGUUAUAUAGAUAUCAAAAAUAUUGUACAUGAAAGAUUACGUAGAAGCUAUUCAAAUACAUGUAUUUAUAACCCAGAAAAGGCCAUACAAAAUAAUGUUCAUCCCUCUUUUAAUAGUAAUAUAAGUUGUAAUUUGAAUGGAAACAAUAUACAUGAAACAUCUAAUAGUAACCAUAUUUUAUUUAACAACUCUAAUAAUUAUGUGAAGGAAAAAAAAAAGACUCAAAAAAAUUCAAAAACGAGAAUAAGUUCAUUCCACAAAAAUCAUGUAAAAAAUUUAGACACCAAUAUUAAUAAAAAUUUCAUUCCAUGUAAUUACGCAAAGAAUAAGAAAAAGUGUACUACUACUAACAAUAUAUGUAUAAAUCUUGAAAAUUCUUUACAAGAUAUAGAAAAUAAUAUUAUUAAUUUGGAUAUGUCAUUAGUUAAUACUCAUACAGAUUUACACACAAAACCAAAAUAUAUUAACAAUAAGAAGGAUAAUAUACCACUAAUAUUGCUACAACAAAUUAAGGAAAAACAGAAUUCACUUUCUGAUUCGAGUGAGGUAGAUAAAAAGAAAAAUAAAAAAGAAAAGGAAAAAGAAAAGGACAAAGAAAAAGAAAAAAGAAAAAUAAAGAAAAGAAAAAAAUGUAUUACAAAAAAUUACCAACCAAACACAUAUUAUACUUGUGAUAAUGAUGAUGAUAACCUCCUUAGUAAUAAUAGCGAUACACCUAUGUUUUUUCAUUAUGAAAAUAUAUUAGAUAAUGAUAUGAAUCAAGAGAAAAAUAAUGAAAACCACUCAUUAAUUAAAAAAGAAGAAAAUCUAACUUAUUCAUAUAAAAAUAAUGAAUCCACAAAUAACUUUCUCAUAUUAGAUAAAAUUAAUCAAAUGCAUUAUAUACACUCAAAUAAAAAGAAAAAAUGUAACCACAAUAAUAAUUCAAAAAGACAUCGUUUUGAAAAAAACAAAAAAAUGUAUUCAGCCAAAUGUUAUAAAGAAAAUGAUAACACAUUUGAAAAGAUGAAUUCUUUCUAUAGCGAUAAUAAUAUAAUUAUUAGAAGUAAUUCUUUAUCAAAUAUAAUAAAUAGUAAUAAUAUUUUUUGUAACAGUGAUAUAAAUGAUAUACACUUUGAAUGUUCCUCUAUAUUGAGUAAUCAAAAUAUUUUAUUAAGAAAUUCUAGUGAAUAUAAUAUAGAAAAACAAAACAAACAUAAUAAAAAUAAUGAUAUUAAUCAUAAUUUAAAUAAUAUUAUACAAACAAAUGAUACCACUAAAAGUAACCCUGUUUAUAAUUAUCAAAAUAAUAAUAGUAAUAAUAAUACUAUUCUUUUUAACACUGAUAAAACAAACCUUAAAGAAAAAUCUCUGGGAAAUUAUCUUACAAGAAGCAAAUCAUGUUGUGAUACUCUUGAAAAUGAUUCUAAACAUAAUAUUUUUAAUAUUAUCUCUGAUAAGAAAAAACACGCGUCACAUAAUUAUCACUACUUAGCUAGUAGAACGAAAUUAAAAAAUACACAAAGAAAUAUUCAAAAUGAUAAAGACAAAAUAAAGUUAAUGACAAAAAAAAAUUCAAAACAACACCAACUAGAACAACAAAAAGAACAAAAACAAAAUGAAGAACACAAUGAAGAACACAAUGAAGAACACAAUGAAGAACAAAAAGAAGAACGACUAAAGAUAACACAAAAUAUUUCAUUGUCAAAUUUAUUAUCACAACAAAAAAACGCCUCCUCCUUUAAUGAUUUACAAAAGAAUUUGUCAUUAAAUUCAAGCAAAUUAAUUCAGAAAAAAAAAAGCCACGAUGUAAUCCAUCCUAAUAAUAUCAAAAAUAAUACUUUAUAUAUAUCAAAGGAUAUACUAUCUGAACAAAAUAAAAUAAACAGUGACCCUAAACCUUAUAAACCAUUAUCAAAUGAAUUAAGAAAUAAGUCGUGUUCAAAAGAAAAUUUGAAAAGUAAUUCAACUCAAAUUCAAAAUAAUAAUAAAUUAUAUGAUCCUAUGGAAUGUUAUAGAGAUUAUGAUUGUGCUCAAAAAAUUAGAGAAGAUAUUUUACAAAAUGAAAAAUUUCCUUUCAUAUUUUAUGAUAGCAACCUUCGUAAUUUAGUUAUAUAUUAUAAAGAUAAUUAUACCACAGAAAUCAAAACGAAAUAUUUUUCAGCUCAAAGAUUUGGCCAUGCCACAGCAAAAAAAAUUGCACUUAACUUUUUAAGAUCCUUAGGUGUUAAUGCAGAUUAUUUAGAAAACAAUAAUGUUUUUUCAUAUGAAAGAGAUACUAAAAGUAAAUUGUUUAAUAUUGGAAAAGCCAAAGCAAACAUAAACCCUGAAGAAAAUUCAGAUAUCAAUUUAAUAUAUGAUAAGAAAAAAAGAAAUGUUAUUGUUUCAUGGAAUAAUCAAGUUAAAGGUUAUAACUUUAGAAAAUUCUCAACACAAAGAUUUGGUUAUGAUGUAGCUAUUUCUCUCUCCAUUGACUUUUAUAAAAACUUAGGUGGAUUAAAAGGAGAAGAAGAAAUAAGAAAUUAUAUUAAUCAAAUUAAUAAUUCCUUUAAAUAUAGUCGAAAUGUAUCAAAAAAUAAUAAAAGAGGUAGAAAAAGAGGAAGAAGAGGUCGAAAAAAAAUUAUCAAAACAAAAGAUGAUCAAUCAUUAUCUUCUGCAUAUGAAUCCAUACACUCAUCUACAAACCAUUUUUAUAAUAAUAACAAAAAUUAUGACAAGAAAUCUUUCUUUUAUUUACAUAAUAUAAAACAAAAUAUUAUUCAAUGUAAACUCAAUAAUAUAUCUAAUCAAUAUAAUCAAAUAAACCAAUUUAAAAAAUAUUUCAACUUAUUUUAUGUUAAUGAAAAUAUUAUGGAAAUUUUACAAAAUCAGUUCGAACAAUUUAAUACUCUUGAUAUUAAAAUAAAAAAUAUAUACAAAUAUGAUUUCUUUUUAAAUAAAACAUUUAAAUAUAUAUAUAUAAAAUAUGUAGAAAAUGUGCAUGCCAAGUUAUAUAUGGAACAACAGCAAAGUAUAGAGCACCUUUUUUCCCAUUUAAAAUCAUCAUAUAAAAUGCAGAAGGAAAUGUCUAUGGAAAAAGAAAAUGUAAAAAAACAAAGUAUAUUAAAUUGUUAUGACAACGAUGAAUGUAUAUAUACAAACAAAAAUAAUAAUAAUAAUAAUAAUAUUAAUAAUAAUACAAAUUGUUACUUCAAAAUUGUAGAUGAACAUUUUGAUUUUAAGGUACAAAAUAAAGAAUUUCCAUUAAAGUACUUAUGUCCCUAUUUCUUAAGCAAAUUGAAAUACCAUAAAGAACAAGACAUUUUAAUGAAAGGAUAUUAUUCUAGUGAUGAUUCCAAGUUAUAUGAUAUUCUAUUUAUUAAUAAGAAAUAUCAUAUUAAACACACAACAUGUAAUAGCAAUGUAAAUAUUAGAAAAAGAAAAAACGUAGUAAAAACUACUCAUAAGAAAAAUAAAUCAUCUACAAAUAAAGAAAUUAAACGAAAAGAAAAAAACGAAACAAAUGAUAUUUAUAAUUAUUAUGAGAAAAAAAAAAGAACAAGAAAAAGAAUAAAACAAAAUAAAAUAGAAAAAGAAAUGGAAAGGGAAAGGGAAAGGGAAAGGAAAAAUAUAUAUAUGCAUUUCCAAAACAAUUACAAACAUAUUUAUCAUUCAAAUAAUCUUCAAGAUGAUAUUUAUCAAAAUGAUUAUAAUUUUGAUUAUGAUGAUGAUGACGAUGAUGAAGAUGAAGAUGAAGAUGAUGAAUAUUCCAUAAGUGAUGAAAAAUAUGAUAAUCAAAGAAAUUAUAAAUACAAAACAAAAAAAAUAAAAAUUAAAACACCAGGAAGAGGUAGAGGUAAAGGUAAAGGUAAAGGAAGAGGCAGAGGAAAAGGUAAAGGUAAUGGAAGAGGCAGAAGAAGAGGCAAAGGUAGAAAUAGAGGAAGAAUAAGUAAAUUACAUACAACCAAAAAAUUAAUAUCAAAAACAUAUUCUAUAUUAAACAGAAAAACAAACCAAAACAUAUGUAUAGAUAAUAAUAUGUUUUAUACAAAUAAUCAAACGAAUUAUAAAAAUGAUAAUAACUAUUCAUCAUUUAUAAAAAGUAACAAGUUUUUAUCAAGAAAUAAAAAUAUUAAAAAUUUAUUGGCUAAAGGAAAAAAAUAUAUAGUUUGUUAUAAUUACUUAGGGAAAAUACAAGUCAAAGUAUUUCCUGCUGAUGUAUAUGGAAUGACAAAUGCACAGAAAAAAACUGUGGAUUUUUUACAACAACUUAAGAAAGAAUUAAAAACAGAAGGGAAAAUACUAUAUAGUGAAUAUGAUAGUAAAGUAGCUUUUGAUGUAACAAAUUGUUUAAAAGAUAAUAUUAUCUUAAAUUGUACUGAACAAACAAAUUAUUCACCCGUUCUUUUGGAAAAUGAAAAUUCUCUAUACCCUACCAAUGAUAUAUACCAUAAAAUUAAUAAUAACAUAAACAUAACAAAUAAAAAAAAAAAAAGAGGAAGAAAAAGAAAAGAAGAAAAAAAUAUGAUACAUGAUAUAAUAUCAAAUAAAUUAUUCUCAAAUAAAAUAAUAUCAAACAAUAUUGAAACGAAUCAUAUUAUGCAAAAUGAUAAGACUCUUAUACAAUAUCCAACAUUUACACAUUUUUUACAAAAUGAUACACAUAUUUCGAAUUAUUCAAAUGAUAAAAAUAAUAAAAUAAAUUUGUUUACACAAACACAUAAUCAUAACGAUAAAAAUAUUUGUGAGGAAAGAAAAAUUCAAAAUGAUGAAACAUAUAAUAAUACAAAAUAUACAAAUGAAUCUGAUUUUUUUAAGGAACAAGAAAAGAACUAUACACAAAAUGAACAAAUUAUACAUGAUAUAAUCGAGUCAUCAAAUAAAUUUAAUAAUGAAAAUAUCAUUCCUAUACAAGAGAAUACCAAAAAUUAUAUUGAUGAUGACAAAUAUAUAGAAACAUUAGAUGAUAAAAUAAAUAAUUUUGAAUAUAUAGAUAAUACAAUAAAACUUCCCAAUCAAUAUGUUCCAGUAAAAACAUCCUUAAGUAAUAAUACUACUAAAAAUGUAGACGAAAUAAAUACUUAUGAAAAAAAUAGCACAUUCUCUAAUAAUAAUGAUAUGGAAACAAAUGAUCAAAAACAAUUCUUGGAAUAUAUGAACAAUUUGCCCUAUUUAAAAGAUCAUAACAAAUGUACUAAUCAUAUUACUGAAAAUGAAAUAAACCAAGAACUAAUAAGUUAUAACGACGCAAAAACAUAUGACACUAACACAAUUACUGAAAGUGAAGUAAACAUAGGAAAAAAUAAUGAUUCUUUAAAACAAAACAUUUUACAAGUAGAAAAUGAUAUAAACCAUAUUAAUACCUUAUAUAAUACAUACAAUAAAUCUAAUAAUAUGUAUCUCUUCCAAAACAACGAACACGUUUUGGAACAAAAUCAACAAAAUGUAAACAUUACAAAGAAUUACAAUUAUCCUCAUUUAAAUCAAGACAAUCAAAAAGUCAUAAAAGGAUUUUUAACCUUACGAAAAGAAAAAGGAAUAUGUUUAAAUGUAAAAAGAGUAUAUUCCCUAUAUGAUCUAUAUCAUAAGCUUAUUAACGAUUGUGAUUAUUCAGAAUUUUUAGAACAAAAUUGGAAUACAAACAUCUGGAAAAAUAAAUAUGAUCAACACGAUGAUAAUACAAUAACGCAAACUAGUCCUAUAAGAACAAGAAAUUAUAAAAAAACUCAUGGGUAUAAUAAUAAUGUAGAACAAAAUCUAAAUGAAAAAAAUGAAAAUGAUCAAACCAACAAAAUUAACCAAAUAGAUGAAUGUAACCAAUUGAAUCAUCUUAAUAUAACGAAACAAAUAAAAACAACAAAUUUUCAAACUAUAUUACCAAUUCAGAUAAAAAAAGAAAUUCCUUAUGAAAAGGAAGAUACACAAAAUAGAACAUAUAAUACAAAAAAUGAUUGGACUGGGUUAGUUAAAUAUAAUACAUCAAAAGGUAUUGUUAAAAUACCUAAAAUGUGCAUAAAUAAACUAGCUAGAAAAAAAGGUUAUAUGAAAAUGACUUGUUUUAUAUAUAGAGGAAAGGGAGAAUUUGUUUCCUAUUUCUUGGAAAGAGGAAAUAAAAACUUUAAUUUUAGAAAUCAAAUAAAAAAUGAACAAAAUGAAAAUGAUCAUAUAGAUUCAUAUACAUCUUAUAACGACAAUCAUAAUAAUUAUAAUAACAAUAAACUAAAUAAUUAUACAUGCGGUGAUAUCUUAAGUAAAGAUAAAUCAUUAGCAGAUAAUAAUAAAAAAUAUUAUUUAAGAGAUAAACCAAAUAUUCAAAAUAAUAUUACAUGUUAA